GGAACUUGACAGAAGUGCUGCUGGAAGCUGUCAGGCUCCAUUCUGUUUCACAGCCUCACUUACCAGCGUCUUUCUCUCAGCAUGGCAUCUGAAGAACUGGCGAGGAAGCUGCAGUCGCGACUGGCCGCUACGCAGGAAACUGAGCCGAGGCCGGAGCCCGAACAAAGCCCGGUCCGGCCCAAACCGCAGGAAUCCGAGGCAGCCUGCGGCGAUUCGUCUUCCGAGCUGUCCGCCAAACUGACCCGCAGACUGGACAUCAAUGAAGGAAAUGCUGCUCCUCGAGCGACCCGCGUCUUUAACCCCUACACGGAGUUCAAAGAGUUCUCUCGCAAGCAGAUUAAGGACAUGGAGGCGAUGUUCAAACGGUAUGACACUGGUAAAGACGGGUUCAUCGACCUAAUGGAGCUAAAGCUGAUGAUGGAGAAGCUGGGAGCGCCACAAACCCACCUGGGUCUCAAGAAUAUGAUCAAAGAGGUGGACGAAGAUUUUGAUGGCAAACUGAGCUUUAGAGAGUUCCUGCUUAUCUUUCGGAGAGCUGCAGCUGGAGAGUUGCAGGAGGAGAGUGGUCUGAUGGCUCUGGCCAGACUGUCUGAGAUCAAUGUCUCCUCUGAGGGAGUGAUGGGGGCUAAGGACUUCUUCGAAGCCAAGGUGCAGGCUCUGUCUGUGGGCAGUAAGUUUGAAGCUGAGAUUCGAGAGGAAAAAGAAGAACGCAAAAGACAGGAAGUGGAAAAAAAGCAGCGGCAAGCUGCCUUCAAGCAGCUGCAGUCCACCUUCUGCUCAUGACCCUCUACAGAGAGUACAUAACAAUCCUGACAUGCACAAGUCAUCGUUACUAAAAUUUUAGAAAUAGCUCCACACCUCUUACACUGUGUCAUCUCUCAGAAUGGGGUACUUUAGAACAAAAAUAGACAGAUGUAUCAAAGUAAAAGCUCACUAAAAUACUUUAAAAUACCUCAUUACACAUCACAAGCAAGGUUCAUUCAUUCCAGUCUUCUGCAGCUGUUCUAGAACAAACUAUAAGGCAAAAACAUUGCAUCAGACCUCUAACAAGAUACUUAGUGAUCACUCCACAUUCAUGGAGAUCUCAUAGUUUUCCUGUACAUUUCUGUGGGCUUAUUUCUUGUGUCCCUCUGUACAUUCCUGAUUUUUGAUUCCAGUUUGGUCAUUUUUGUGUCAUAUGGUCUUGUAUAAGCCUCACGUUCUUAACAUUAAGUGAACAUCUACUCUACAACUUACAAUGUAACAAAAAUAAGAAAUAGAUAAUAGCAUAUAUUAGUAUUAACAUAACAGUGUGGAAACAUUUCGUGGUCCUUCUAAACUUUGGCUUUUACUUUGACUUUUGAUCCAGCUAAUUAGGUUAUACUGUUAUUGACUGCUAAUGAAUUUCAACAUUUGAUAUCAAUCUCAUGUCUGCAUUCAGUACAGAGCUGAUGUCAGGCCGUGGUUAGCCUAGCCUAUGUUUAUCCUGCCUCUUAAAUCUGAAUACAAGCUGAAAUUAAAAAAACAUAAAUGAUUUUUGUUUCCGCUCUAUGCUGGAACCUUGUUGAUGAACACAGUCUUCAUACAGGUAGCUCCGCAAUUCCUCCUAAAACCCAUCCACACAAUAUAAAUAAAUGGGAUGCACCAGUUAACCAGCGAGCUUUAAAGGUAAUUAACUUGGAAGUCUGGCUCUGUCCAAAAUCAGAAAAUACCACUAACUGUGUUCCUGUCAGCUCAAGUGUUUGUGUUUCCACGUGCUGACUCCAGGUCUGUACUGAUUACACAGAUUUGUGCUUUAUAUCCAUCUUAGCAGCUGACUAAGAAGAAAAGCAAAUAAAUAUAUUUAGCAAAAAAAAAUAAUUUUAAAUGUUUCUAUUCUGUGCGUAAGUAUGGGCCAACAACAGCAGACUGAAUUUCAGCGACAUUAAUAAAAACACGCUAUCAAAUGAAAGGAUGGAGGACAGCUUACAUUUAAGCAUGCUCACCUGUAACACCAAGGUUUCUUGACUGAUUUUUGAUUCUCUUAAGUCUUAAAUUGAAUUAUCUCAUGACCCUAGCAAUUAGACUGUGUUUGUGAGAAUUUGAGUACAGUGUAGUUUUAUGUUUUAUUUUCGACAGCAUGCAGAGCAAUUGAAUAAUAUAUGCCAGAGAUUCUAAAAUAUCUGAAUUCAAUUUAGCCUAUUUUUUAUGUAAAACAGUUGAUUAUUAAAAGUAUCCUGCAGGCCUGUGUGCAUAAUAGGUGACUGCUGUUGGAAGUUUGAGAUGAAAGCACUGAUGUUUAACUUCUGACUGUAGACCUGUGGUCUUAUGUGAAUGUCUGACAGUGGUCCUUCCCCUCAUUGAGCUUAAGAUGUAACAGUUUUUUUUAUGUUUUUUUUUUUUUUGUAAAAGGGUACAAUAAGCACCAUCAAAUUAUUGUUUGAAUAAUUUAUUGAUAGUUGAUGCUUAAGAUGUCUGAGAAAAUAGCUUAUGUGAUGAGAUGUAAAAUCACUUGAGUGCCCGUUUAAUGUGACAAUUCAGCCAUUCAUGUGCUUCCUCUAUCCACUGCAGUUCAAUUUUGCAUCUAUAGCUUAAAGUGCAUGUGAGCAGCAUCCCAAAUAUGUGCAAGUAAGGAAAUCACAAGAUCUUACCAGGACUGUCCCAAUCUUAGAUCUCAGAGGCUGUUACCACAUACUAACUACUUGUACACACUUUGAUUUCAGAUGUUCUCCUGAAAAGGGAUUCAUAGCUGUUGCUAUGUGAACACUUAAUUACAGCCUGCCACAAACUAAGAUAUGUAGCAGUUCCCACAUGCAGCUGUUGAUGUUUCAGGGUGAGAACAAAGGUCUAGUGCUGUGUUCAGAGCAAAGCUGACUGUGUCAGACUUCAGCUUCAGUCAAGCUACCCACCCACCCACUUCAGCUCCAUAUCAUGAACACAAAAGGCUUGCACAUUCUUUCAUGGUGUGGUCUCAGGAAUCUUUACCUACUGUUCUACUGGUGCAGCACUGGAAAAAACACAGGUGAGCAAAAACAACGAUGGUGGCUGUUAUUGGUAGGUUAGCUGUGCAGUUUUGUGGAUACCAUUAACACAGGCAGGGGCCCUUGAUGCUUGAAGUAAUAGCUCAGUAUUUUAGGAAAUAUGAUUAUUCUUAUACUAUGAAAGAAUGAGGUAAGACUAUCAAAUGAUAUAUCUCAUGUUUGUUGAUGAGCAGCAGCUGUGUGCUCACCAACUGUGUAGCAAUCUGCACUGAAGUGGGAGAUGGUCUUCCCCAAACUGUUGGGGAGAUCAGUAAAUAGUAUAGCACAGCAUGUCACUUCUCCACAAAUAAAAUGUUUUUACAUUUCUGAUAAAAGAUGUAAAGUGUUAGACAGUGAACUUUUGAAGUGCUGAUAGGCUUUUGAAUUAGCUAGGCAAACCACAUCACUCUCCAUGUCUCACUCACACUCACUCACAGAGUUUCUCCCGACAAGAUGUUGAUCUGUUUCUAUAAAACGAACAAAAAUUCUGUUAAAGUAGCAGUGGACAGUCUGCAGUGUUUUGUGAUCCAGAAGAAGUGUAUGUAGUCCUCUGAUCUCUGUGAUGACCAUGUCAUUGGGUUUUGUAUGUGUGCAUGUGCAUGUGUGUGCUGUGUUACCAACUUUUAGAGGGACUGUGUCACAAAUAUGCAGAUCUGAUAUACACCCAAUUUAAUACAUGACACAUCCAUGUCCAAAUUCUGCUCUGUCCUGAGCUUGAUCACUGCCUGUUUCAGAGUUGGUUGACUAAUUAUCUCCAUGUCAGUUGAAUUUUGGAACCUAGAAUGGAUUCAGAAAAAAGCUAAGAAGCUCUGACCUCAGCAUAGCUUAUUGUAAACAAGGUUCAUGUUCCCAGACCUUUUCCUUUUAUUUGUAUUUAGGCUAUAGCAUGUUCUCGCUGUCAUAUAACUAAUUACUAAGUGUGUCACAUACCUUGCCCAGUAUAUGUUGUGGAAAUGGACAAUGUAUUUUUUCAUGAAGAAAUAGUCUAUAUUGCUAUUGUUUAAUUAGAGUUAUACGUUGCCAAAUAUGAAAAAGUCAGUAAACUAUAUUUUUGGGCACUUGUAAAUAUAUUGUGUUGUUCUACUCCCUGUCACAAUUGAAAUGUUUAACUUAAUUGCAAUAAAAGAAAAAUCUAGAAAAAGUAAA